GUGGGCGCUCACGUCAGGGUUGGGAGGAGGAGGGGGUUCGCGACGAAGAUAGUGAGAGAGACAUGAGGCAGCCCGGCAGGAAGCGAGAAAGAGUUCGGUGGAGGAGUGAGUUUUAGAGACGCCCGGUGAAGCAGGACCUGCGCCUGCGGGUGAGCGUGGCCGCCUGGGUUCCUCGUCUCCUCCGCUCUCUCUCCUGUGUCCGCUUUCAGCACCCCGAGCGGAGAACAGUUCCCGGCAGCCCGCAGAGCGGCCAGGGGGCCACCGUGGCCGGGCUGCCUGGAGCCUUCCACCGGGCUCAGGGGCACCGUCUAAAACACAGUGUGCACGCCGCCUUCUCCCCUCUGUUGGGUGUGCAAGUAAGCACGGGGGAAAGCAUCCGGCGGCCUCAGGGAGCCUUGAAGAAGCCCAAGCAGAAUGUACCAGGGACACAUGCAGGGAAAAGGCUCUAGGGCGGCAGAUAAGGCUGUUGCCAUGGUGAUGAAGGAGAUACCGAGGGAGGAGUCUGCUGAAGAAAAGCCCCUCCUUACUAUGACAUCACAGCUGGUGAAUGAGCAGCAAGAAAGCAGACCCCUCUUGAGUCCCUCCAUCGAUGACUUUCUCUGUGAAACCAAAUCGGAGGCAAUAGCAAGGCCAGUAACGUCCAACACAGCCGUAUUGACCACAGGCUUAGAUCUCCUUGACCUGAGUGAACCCGUCUCUCAAACCCAAACCAAAGCCAAGAAGUUGGAGGCCUCAUCAAAAACCUCAUCCCUCAAGAAAAAGGCUGAUGGAUCUGAUCUCAUCAGUGCAGAUGCUGAGCAGAGAGCCCAGCCUCUCCGAGGCCCAGAGACAUCAUCCUUAGAUUUAGACAUUCAAACACAACUGGAAAAAUGGGAUGAUGUUAAGUUUCAUGGAGAUCGAAAUAGCAAAGGGCAUCCAAUGGCAGAGAGAAAAUCAUGCUCAUCUAGAACUGGAUCAAAAGAACUCUUAUGGUCCUCAGAGCACAGAUCUCAACCAGAACUAAGCAGUGGGAAAAGUGCCCUGAACUCCGAGUCGGCUUCCGAGUUGGAAUUAGUGCCUCCAACACAGGCUCGACUGACCAAAGAACAGCGCUGGGGAAGUGCAUUACUUUCCAGAAACCACUCCUUAGAAGAAGAAUUUGAAAGGGCAAAAGCAGCAGUGGAGUCAGAUACAGAGUUUUGGGAUAAGAUGCAAGCAGAAUGGGAAGAAAUGGCCCGGAGGAACUGGAUAUCAGAGAACCAAGAAGCUCAGAACCAAGUUACAAUCUCAGCUAGCGAGAAGGGAUAUUACUUUCACACUGAAAAUCCCUUCAAGGAUUGGCCUGGAGCAUUUGAAGAAGGCUUAAAAAGACUGAAGGAAGGGGACCUGCCUGUCACCAUCCUGUUCAUGGAAGCAGCGAUUCUUCAGGACCCUGGAGAUGCAGAGGCAUGGCAGUUCCUCGGGAUAACCCAGGCAGAGAAUGAAAACGAACAAGCAGCUAUUGUCGCCCUCCAGAGGUGCUUAGAAUUACAGCCCAACAACUUGAAAGCUUUGAUGGCUCUGGCCGUGAGUUACACUAACACCGGCCAUCAGCAGGAUGCCUGUGAAGCUCUAAAGAAUUGGAUUAAGCAAAAUCCAAAGUACAAAUACCUUGUGAAGAGCAAGAAGGGAUCUCCAGGCCUUACCCGGAGGAUGUCCAAGUCUCCAGUUGAUAGCUCCGUUUUGGAAGGAGUUAAGGAAUUAUAUCUGGAAGCCGCCCACCAAAAUGGAGAUAUGAUUGACCCAGACCUACAGACAGGUCUGGGGGUACUGUUCCACCUGAGUGGAGAAUUUAAUAGAGCAAUAGAUGCAUUUAACGCUGCCUUAACUGUUCGGCCGGAGGACUAUUCGUUAUGGAACCGGCUCGGGGCAACGUUGGCGAACGGAGACCGCAGUGAGGAGGCCGUGGAGGCCUACACCCGUGCCCUGGAGAUUCAGCCAGGCUUCAUCCGAUCCAGAUACAACCUGGGAAUCAGCUGCAUCAAUCUGGGCGCCUACAGAGAAGCGGUCAGCAAUUUUCUCACUGCCCUCAGUUUGCAAAGAAAGAGCAGGAAUCAGCAGCAAGUCCCUCAUCCUGCGAUCUCCGGGAACAUCUGGGCCGCCCUCAGAAUCGCACUCUCUCUGAUGGACCAACCGGAACUCUUCCAGGCGGCUAAUCUCGGUGACCUGGAUGUCCUCCUACGAGCUUUCAACUUGGAUCCUUGAAGGAAAAGAAAACAAUUAAAAAUAAUAAAUCCUGUCUGUGUAAUUGUACUGAGAAACACAAAACUAUUUUAUUAUGAAUUCCGAAAAGAAAA